AUGGUGUCAAGAUACGAGCCAGAUGUCGUGAAUCUGAGUGAGGCACCCAUUUUCCGUCGGGUGGCUCCAUCAAGAGAUGUCCGAGCCAGGACCAGAGAGGUCUUCUCGCUCGUCGACGAUGCUAUCAAUAGAUACAAGGAUCCGGCUAGCUUCAGCUACACCUCGACGGUGAAGGAAUGGCGCUGUGCAAGAUCAGUUCCAUCCCUUCGCCGCACGGUCCGCAGCACUCUGGGCAAGGUCAUGCCAGCUGCUGCUAGCAGGAUAGCUGCCCAACAACUCGAGCGCGCGGCAGAUGAUGUAGCUGGCAUCAGCAGGAAGCUGGACGAAGCAAAAGAUGCGGACAGUCUCCGUGCAGAGCUGGCGGAACUGUGCCAGCGAACAAUCAGCAGCUUGCGGGAGCGUGCAGCUGAAUUGCAGCACAUCCUCAAAGCAACAGAGGAGACGCAGAUCGAGGAAGAGAAUUUAGAUGACCUUCGGACAGGGGUGCUGGAUGAUGGCUGGGCCAGAACAGCUGAGCCAGAAGCCGCGCCGAGCCAGUCCCUGCACGUCACCGGGCUCUUGCAAGGAUCAAGCCAUGGCAUCGAGAUGCUCUGCCAUGGUUCGCAUGUCGAGCUGCGAAAUCUGAUGAUCACCUUUCAGGUGAAGAACGGCAUUCAAGUUUGCGAUCACCUCUUCGUUAGAGGUAUUCCAUCAGCUGUGCAAAAGCACCAGGUUGCAUCUCUCUUCAACCGUUACGGCGAGGUCCUGUGGUCGAGCAUUCUCCCGCCGCGCAUGGACGAGCAGGAUCGCUGUGCCCUUGUCCAAAUGGCAAGCAGCGAUCAGGCACAGAAUGCUAUCCAAGCACUGAAUUGGACGACUUCUUCAGCGCUCAUGCCGGCCAUGAUGGUGCGGUAUGCUGGUCACAAGGUCUUCGCGGCAUUGAGGGACAAUGACGAUGGCAUUGAGGAGGCAGACCAGGGGUCUGAAGAGGAAGAAGAUGAUGAUGACUACGCGCAUUAUGGGGUCAUCGAAGAAGCCCCGAAGCCAGCAUUCCAGCCCCUGAAAGAGAGGCCAGUGGAGAUGGGCUCGAGGUGGAAGAAGCAUGAGGAGGCGGACGAUGAUGGGCCCGAGGGAACUCGGCUCUGGGGGUGGGCGAUGCAGCCAGUGAAAGAGAAGAAGGAGUUCCCCGAACUGGGCCAGCAAAACUCGGCGGCCCUUCCGGACGACUCAGAGUCCAAGCUCGGGCAGCCUGUCCAGCAGGUCCAAAACGGAUAUCCUGGCCAGGUGGAGUCUUGGGAGGAGCUGGAGGUGGAGCAGGGGCCGUGCGAGUUCUUGUGCAUGAAGGAUGCUCCUUCCGGCCUCCCGGAGUCCGUCAUGCAAAUGUGGUUCAAACCCUACGGCCACGUGGUGGAGAUGCGACCGCUGUGGCGCGCCUCCACCCCGGGACGACAGGCCUUCCUUGUUCACAUGUCUUGCGUCGAGGAGGCCAUCAAUGCAGUUGAAGCGCUCAACGGCAAGUCGAUCAUGAAGGGGAAGCCCCUACUUCUGGAGUACUGGCAUGGUCCCGUGGACGAUGCAGAGGAGCCCCCACAAGAGUCUUCUGCGGCAACAGGUAUUGACAAGUCCAAGCUGCUGGAGGCUGUCCGAGCAAUGGGCAAGAAGAAGUCCAGCCCGGAGGCCGCGCAAAUCACCCUCAACGGCACGCAAACCAUGCAGCCCGGUCCUUGCACAGGCAUCAGUGACGCGCAGUUGCUGGAAGCCUGCCGGGCAGCCCUCGCGAAGCGCAAAGCUCGGGCGACGGAAGUCGCGCCUUGGCAACCUUCGACCGUGCCGGCGGACGCCGUGGAGGAAGAAGCUCCCGUGGUGGAGGAAGCUGCCCUGCAGGAAGAAGCUCAAGACGAGAAAGCCAUCCAAGAGGAUGAUGAUGACAAAGAGUCUUGGGAAGCCUGGGCCAGCGACGACGAAACAGGUGCAGAUUGCGACCCUGGACCGACAGAUUGCAUCUGCAUGACUGGAACACCUGCGGGGAUGCACGAAAUGGUAAUGCAGAUGUGGUUCAAGCCACAUGGACAAGUCCGGCAGUUCCGAGCUUUGACCCCCGCAGAGACGGGCUUGGACAAGACCAAGCAGGAGAAAGCUCGGCGUGGGCCCGGGCAGGGCACUGCGGUGGCGUCAGUGCUCAAGAGGAAACAGGAAGCCAAGGCAGAGUUGGCAAAACGUGCCAAAGCCGAGGCUGCAAAAAUGCUGCCUCCGGCGGUUCCGAAGACAGCCGGAGCAGAGUCGACAGCGCCUGAGGAGGCGGAACUUCCUGAAGCAAAGGAUGCAGAACAGAUCCCAGCUGCUGCCGACAAAGAGAUCACUGAGCCUCUUGAGGAGGAAGAAGACGCAGAACAGGAGGAGGCCAUGGUGGGCCCACUUGCGGCACCAGCUGAGAGCCAGCAGCUCAAGGCAACAGGGACGCUGUCCGCAGCGCCGGCAGAGGCACCGAAGCCUGCCGAAGCGGAAGCCGAAGAAGGACAAGACGAUCAGGCCCUGCCUGAAGGGUUCUUUGACGACCCAGAGCUAGAUGCAAAAGUGAGGGGAAUGGAGGCACCAUCACGAAAGGCUGAAAGGGAAAUCGAGGAGGGCCUCCGAAGGUUUGAAAGGGAGAUGGCCGCCGAGCAAGAGAAGGCUGAGGAAACCAGGCACGCGAUUGACGAGAAGAAAUAUGAAGCCUUAGCCGCAGAGGAGGAGGAGUUCCAGACGCAGCUGGAGUCUCGGCUGGUGAAGCUUCGACAGGCGGCGAGCGAAAGGAAGAAAGGCAUGGACGGCGCAGAUGCACCUUUCCCUGAUGUGAUCUCCCAAGGAGAUGCAUCGGAGCUCCCUCACAGCAAGCACGACUCUGAGCAUGCUCUGGAGCUUACAGAGCCCGCCAUAUCCCGAACAGCCCUCUUCGAGGGCAAGCUGCGGGAAGUUCGCGUGGCGGCCGAGCGCAAUGCCGACAACCUGAAGCAGCUUCACCAGAAGCUCUCUAGCCAAGACGGAUUGAAGAAGACUAUUGACUCCUUCCGCUCUGAGCUUGGUGAAUGGGACAGAGAGCGACGGGACCACGAACACCUCUUAAACGAGAAGACCUGUCUGCAGGACAAUGAGCUGAGUGCUCUUCGCAAGAUGAUUGAGGUGCAAGCCUACUCGACUGAGGCGUGCCAGCGUGGCCUGAAAAAUGUAGGGGAUCUGCUAGCUGCGACAAAGGACGAAGUCACCCAGCUUCGCGACUACUGCUGCGACCGGGUCGAUGUUAACAGAGACAAGAUCAUGAAACUCAGAGAUGAGGUUGAAUCCAAGUUUGCAGCAAGCGAAAGCACUCAGUUCAAGCUGCACGACGACGUCACGAACAUGGCCACUGUUUUUGCCCACUUGAAGUCGGAGAUGGAGCGCAUUGGCUUGGUAACCGCUGAAACCAUGGAGAGUGUUGCCGAUCUCUGGCGUGCAAAGGCUUCGGCAUCCAGUGUAGAGGAGCAGCAGCAAACGUUCAUGGAGUUUCAGCGCAAUCUGAAUGAUGCCGUCGCUUCACUCAGGCUACGAGUCAACAGCGUGGUGGACGAAGUGAAGGGCCACUUUCAGACAGCUGUCCGGGUGAUCUCAACAUCCACAUCCAAGCAGAUCGACACCAUGCGAACGCAGUACGCUGAGGACAUUGGCCGGAUGGACGAGGUCAUGCAGCAAAACGCGAGCCUGAGCGAGAUCCUCCGUGGGAGCGAAGACCAAGCAAAAGCUCAUCUGCAGCAGCUGCAGGAAGACCUGAACAAACAGAUGCAGGAGCUGAGGGUUGGCCUUUUGGAGAAGGUGAAGGUGGACCCAGUGAGCGAGCAGUACGUGUUGGAGGAGAGGGAUGCAAUGCAUGCCAUCGUCGAGAGUCAGCUCAUCGCAGCACAGAUGAACUUCCAAGAUGAUCAGGACAGGAAGAACGUGGCCCUCUUCGGCUGCAAGCCGGAGAAGGGUGAUCGGGAUGGGCUUCUACCCAACAUCGAUCAAACUCCUCGGAAGAAGGAGGUUAAGACCACAUCUCCGAUUAUCUCCCUGGAUAAGCGCUGCCUUUCCUGUUGCAGCAACACUGGGACUGUCCUCGCGGGCUUCAAGAUCGCUUGCUUGAAUUACACACCUGGUCCUGUGGAGUACCACCAGGUCUCCUAUUCCCGUGCAGAGCUCCUCCAUUUGCAGGCAAAGCUCUUGGACCAAGCCCAAGACCGAAUGCACCGAGCAGCGGGUCUGUGA